CAGAGCGUAUGUGUGAUGUGACCAAGUGAAUAUGAUAUAAAUAAUAUACAAUUCGUUUAAUUUAAUAAAAUAAUUAACUUAAUACUAUUAGAUAAUUAAUGAAAGGUUUUCAAAGAACCUAAAAAUUUUAAGAUAUGAUUUAUUAUUAAAUAUGUGCAGUUUUCAAAAUAAAAAUAGAGUUUUGUGAAGUUGUGGGCAUCGGUCGGUUCACCAUUAAGGUUAGAAAGGACUUGAAAGACAUUUUCACAGUAAAAAUGAAUUUUUCGGAGUCAAGCGGUACCCAACAACUUCCUCAGUUUUCGGAGAUAACAUCACGGUCAAAUUCUGUGUCAAGUUCAAGUUAUACAGCUACUUCGGGACAAUUGUUUCCUGGCCAAAAUAGUGUUUAUACCACUGCUGCUGCUGCUUGUGAUUCAGGAAAGCAGUCUAUAAUGGUAAACACUGCGAAUAAAUACCCAGGAACUUUACUGGCUUGGCCAAAUCCAAAUGCCUUGAUGCAACUUUGUGAGAAACAAGGUCUUCAAACUAUCAACAUUCCAAAUUACAGCCAAAAUAGUCCAUUACUUAGUGUACCAUCAAACAGUUUACCUGUGAGAUUACUACCAAAUAUGUACCUGCCAACGACAUCCCAAAUUAACACACAAUCUAUAAAACAAGAGGAAGUGAGCAAUAAUAUCAGUAGUAACUCAGGAAAUAAUAAUCUGGACUCUCAUGCUCAUCUCCAACAACAAAGUGCAGCAAUGGCUGAAUAUUUACAAAAGUUACAAGCAACAACUUUACCACUCACUCUUCAACAAUUAAUAAAAUUGCAAACUGAUCCAAUAAAAAAAGAAAAGUCUGAAGAAGAUCAAAAAACAGAUCAGCACCAAAAUAAUAUCCUAAAUAUUCCAAGUGUGCCGGGAUUCAGAAAUAAUCUACAAAAUGGAAAUAGUUUUCUUAGCUCAGAUUCGUUAUUGUCAGACAUUAGUCCAAGUGAUUUGAAUAUUCACAUAGAAAGCGAUUCCAUAAACGAUAGUACCAUUAAGAUUGAACCACCUGUUAAAGUUGAACAGCAAAUUCAGACUGAUUCUCCAAAAACUGAACGUAAAGUAAAAUUCAGAGCUAAGACUGGUGAAAUUAAAAUUGCUAUGGCUUUAGAUGGUUCCAUGCUAUACUGUUGUCCUGAAUGUAAUCAUGCUUUUGCUGAAAAAACUGAUAUUGAGAGGCAUAUUCAAGGACAUGUGCAGGAACGAAAAUAUCAAUGUAAAGAGUGUGGUGCAAUGCUGAAGAGAAAAGAACAUUUAGAUCAACAUAUGAGAGGUCACUCAGAUGAAAGGCCGUUCAAAUGCCCUGUGUGUCAAAAAGCAUUUAAACGAAACGAACAUCUCACAAGGCAUUAUGUCAUUCAUUCUGGAGAUAAGAACUUUUUAUGCAACAUUUGUCAAAAAGCAUUUUCACGCAAGGAUCACUUGAAUAAACACACUCAAACCCAUCUCGGUAUUCGAAGAGGAAAAGUAAAAAAAGAUACUUUAUUAACGGAAAUGAAAAAUAACAUAGAAUCAAUUGGAGACUCGUCCAAGCAAGAAUUGAAUUACCUUCUAAAAGAUGGAACGUUUAUCAAACAGGACUCUACAUUUCUUCAACACAUUCAGAAUUUACAGAAGGAUCAAAACUUCUGUCAAACGUUUUCAGUGUUCAAAGAGCAAGCAUUGAAAGAAAGUAGUAUGCAUCAACAGCAAGCAGUUAAUAUGAAUGAGAUACUACCACAGAAUACAAGGUACAUGAUGCCAUCUUAGUUUUUAAAGGUAAACUUCAAAUAUUUUACCCAAAGCAAUAAUUUAAUUAAAUAAAGUGAAAAGAGCUGUAUCAUGCUCUUUUUAUUAAUUAUUAAUAAUUAGUAGUAAUUGAUAAUAAAUAAUAAUUAGUUUUAAUGUUUUCGAAAGUAAAAAAAAAUGGGUAAGACAAAUAGAAAAUUGUGAAUAGUAAAGUAAAUUGAUAAAGUUACUAUUUAAAUUAACGUAAAUUAGAAUGAAAUAUCAUUUUUUUUAAAUUAGAGAAAGAGAUGAUAAUUAUUAUGAUUUUUAUUAUUUACAUUCGUAUCGAUAAGAAACUGACUGCACUAUUGGCUGUGACCAGCUUCAUGUAGGUUGCUUUGCCGAUUGUUCCAUAUUAGAAUUUUCAUGUGCCAAUAAAUAAGAUGUGUAGUAGUGAUCUUCAAAUUUGAUUAUUGAUUGACAAUUAAUUUUACUACAUGAAAUUGAUAAGUAAUUGUUACAUUGGUGCAAAAAUAUUCAAUAUAAAACUGAAGAGUGGAAAAAAUAAUCACUAUGAUAAAUUUAACAGUACAACUUUUAAUGAACAAAUCAAUAUCAUUCAUAACAAAAGUUAAGUAACUCAACGAAAAUAAAUAAAACUAUUGACUAUUUUAUGGAUCGCAUAACUAAGCAUUUACAUGUUAGACUAGUUAAUAAAAAUUCUUGAGAUUUAAUGAAUUUUAAUCUAGUCUAAAAUGAUAUAAAUUAAUAUUAUACAGUUUUUUAAAUGAUUUAUCAUAAA